ACAUUAAAUACUAAUAAUUAAGAAAAUCGAAGACUCAAGUUGAAAAUUUAAAAAAACAUCAUUCCUAUUCCUAUUUCUAUUUCUAUUCCUAUCUUAUUUCAAUCAUCGAUUUUUCAUUUUGCGUAUGGAGCUUUACCGUUUUUGGUCUCCGCCACCCAAAAACAUCGCAAUCGCAAAAACCUAUCAUCAUCACCGUCCUCCGUUUCAUCUCAAACCCUAAUUCUUCCUUCAAUUUCCCCCUUUUCCAUAAUCAUGUUUCCUUGGAACAUUGCAAAAUCCGCGGAAGCCAUGUUCUCCCGCUGGGCUCUUAAGAGGGUUUGCAAAUUUUUCCUUAAGAAGAAAUUGGGGCAAUUUAUUCUCGGUGAAAUUGACCUUGAUCAGCUCGAUGUUCAACUUUCUCAAGGAACUAUUCAACUCACCGAUCUUGCUCUUAAUCUUGAUUUCAUCAACGCCAAGCUUGGUAAAACAGCAUCUAUAAUGGUAAAAGAAGGAUCAAUUGGAUACUUGUUGGUUAAAAUGCCUUGGAGUGGCGAAGGUUGUGAGGUUGAAGUGAAUGAACUCGAACUUGUAGUUUCUCCGUGCAUAGAUAAAAACUCGACAACUGAAGAUGAAGUUGGUUGUUCCGAUGUUGAUAACGAUACUUAUGAAAUCAAAUAUAGUUCAAACAAGACCAAGCAUGAAACAGUAGAUGAUGCUAUGAAGUCAAUUUCAGUGGAUGUUCAUGAAGGUGUGAAAACUAUUGCAAAGAUGAUAAAGUGGUUGCUUACAAGUUUCCAUGUGAAAAUAACAAACGUGAUUGUCGCGUUUGAUCCGUCUUUGGAAAAUGAAGGAGAGGAAAUAGAUAGUAAUCGGACUUUAGUUCUUCGGGUUUCUGAAAUACAGUGUGGAACAAGUUUAUCUGAAGAUACUGAGUCUAAUGUUGAUGUCCUUGGAAUAAGCCAGUUGACAAACUUUGUGAAGUUUGAUGGGGCAGUACUUGAAAUUCUCAAAAUAGAUAACGAAAAUAACCAGUUACCCGUUCAAAAUGUGGCAGAAGCAGGAUGGGGUGAUCCUAUUUUGGGAUCAAAUAAAUCCACAUGUCCGGUCAUGACUGGGAAGCAAGGCGGAUUUGGUGGAAUUGUAAAAUUAAGUAUUCCUUGGAAGAAUGGUUCUUUGGACAUUUGCAAGGUGGAUGCAGAUGUUUGUGUUGAUCCAGUAGUGUUAAGAUUUCAACCUAGCUCAAUUGAAUGGCUAUUGAAGUCAUGGGGAACUCUUAAAAAUUUGAAUAAGGGUGCAAAAGGUUGCAAGAAUCACAACGUAAGAGGAUCUUCCCAUUUAAAUUCUGCGUUGUUGUGUCCUUCACCAACUUCAGUUUCUAUUACCAAUGUCACUGGUGAAAUGAUAACUGGCCAUGGUAGUUUGCCCGCCAAUUGUUCCUCCUUGACUAAACCAGAAGAUCCAGAAUCCCUCACCGAAGCUUUGCUUCCUGCUGCUAAUCUUAUUUCAGAUUGGGUGCCAUUUUCUACUAAUCUAAAUCUUAAAGAUGGUAUUCAAGAACCUGAUUUUGGGGCAAGUGUGGACCAGUUUUUUGAAUGUUUUGAUGGAAUGAGGAAUUCUCAAUCUGCUUUAGGGAGUAGUGGAAUGUGGAAUUGGACUUGUUCGGUUUUCAGUGCUAUUACCGCUGCAUCCAGCCUUGCCUCUGGAUCUUUGCAUAUUCCCUCCGAGCAGAGACACAUGGAAACCAUUCUCAGGGCUACUUUUUCUGGAGUAUCUGUUGUUUUGUCCUUCUGUGAUGAUGAACAGAGCCAUUUUUAUGGGCAUAAAAUUGGUAACACUGUUGGAUCACAGAUUGAUUAUCUUGGUGCAGAGUGCAAUGAAAUUGUUGUUGCCUUGAAGGUAUGUCCACAAAUGACAACUUUUGAUGGAACAGUGAAGUAUGUAGAGGUUGCUAAUUUUUCGAACAUUGGGAGUGAUGCCGAAAAUCGAAGUGCUUUGAUUGGACACCUACAGACUAAGGUCCUUGAUGCUCUCCCUUUGUCUACCUCUUACAAUCUAUAUUCAGAUUCAUUAUUUGGGCCAGUUGCCACAGACUUUCCAUUUGGAAAUAAGGAUUGCUUACUGAAAGUUACAUUGUUUAAAACUUCUGGUGUCACCAAUUGCAAAUUUACGGUGCAAUCAAAUUCUUCAGAUGGUUGUGUGACUAGGCUGACAUCAUUCUCGCUGAACCUGCCCCCAUUUAUUUUCUGGGUAAUAUUUUCUGUGAUAAAUCUGCUCACUAACCUGCUAAAGGAAAUUGAAAAAUCACUUGAAGUGCAUAGUAAAGCAGACGAGAUUUUGUCUGAAGCGUCAGAUGAAAAGUGUGGAUUAUCUCAAAAUGAUGCGAAGGGAAGUUCAGAAUGUUUGCAUGGUGAUAUAUCAACUUCCAGUGCAAGAGUAAUACUGUGUUUCCCUUUUGAAAGGGUUGGAGAUCAUGCAGCUUCAUUUUCAUGGGAGAAGUUCAUUGCUCUUGAUUUUACUUCAUUGUCACCUUUGAACAAGGGUUGCACCCCAGUUGGUAGCCAAACUUCAAGUGCAAGUUCAAAUAAAAGAUUUCCUUCUGUAGCAGCACAAUCUCUUCAGUUGAAUUUCUGUGAUCUAGAUAUAUACUUGAUCACAUCAACAUGUAACGACAGUGGUAGAAUAAGCUCCAAUGAUAUGAAGAAUGAGAGAUUUUUUGGCAGCUGCUUUCUUUCCAUUGCUCGCAGAAGGGGUUGUUUCUCUGUUUUUCGUAUGGUUUGGCAGGAGGGUCAAGUGACUGGUCCUUGGAUUGCUAAGAAAGCUAGAUCAUUUGUUAAUUCAGAGCAAUCAAUGGGAAAAGAUGAUAUUGCUGGAAGAGGAUAUGAGUAUGCAUCUGCAUCAACGGUGAAAGAUUUGGAAGAUUGGAAAUCUCAAACUCAACAAGAGAUGAUUCUAAGCUCGUCAUUUCUAAUGCAUGUUCAUCUAUCUCAAGUUGUGAUUAAUGUGAAUGAUUCUCAAUAUAAAGGCAUAUACCAGCUUAUUCUUCAGAUGCUAAAUGCAAUGACAUGUGGGACUACUCAGGAAGCUAAGGUGGAUAAAAAAUCUUCAGUUUCACAAUCAUCAGUAUUUUUGGAAUGUGAUUCUGUAGAAAUUCUUAUUAGUAUGGAUACAUCUGAAAGUGGCGAAAGUUCAAUCAAGAGUGAGCUUCCCGGACAAUGGCAUCAAUUCAAGCUGAAGGUACAAAGGUUUGAGUUGCUGUCUGUCACUAAUACUGGUGGUGUUAAGGAUGCGAGUUUCUUCCGACUAACCCAUGGCGAAGGCAAGUUGUCCGGGUUCGUUACAGGGGUUCCUGAUCACGAGUUUAUUCUGGUUAAUUGCAACAACUCCUCUGUGAAGCGAGGAAAUGGGGGAGGUUCUAAUGCGUUAUCUUCUAGAUGUGCUGGUUCUGAUAUCGUAUUUCUAUCUGACCCAGAGAUUUCUCAUAAAAUUACAUCUAUUGCUGUCAGCUGCGGCACACUUAUUGCUGUAGGCGGUCGUCUGGAUUGGUUUGUUGUAAUAUCAUCCUUUUUUAGUUUGCCCGCUUCUAAUACUAAGGAUGCAGAUGAUACUAGUAUUUCAAAGAUGGAACAAGAUAUCUCUUACACGACUUGUUUUGUUCUCAGCUUGAUUGAUAUUGCUUUGAGUUAUGAGCCCUAUACGAAAAAUCUUGUUCAGACUGAGGCCCUUAAUUCCGAGUCUGGCUUUUCUUGUAUCAAAGAAGAAACGGGGGAACAAUGUGUUUCUUGUCUGUUGGCUGCAUCCAACUUGUCUCUUUCAAGUUCAUCUACUGCAGAUUCAGUUGAAAGUGUUUUCCAAAUUAGAGUGCAAGACCUGGGGCUUCUGCUUCAUUUGAUAUCAAAGCAUGAUUCUUUUCCUGGCACUUAUAGUGUAGAACAUCUUCAAAAGUCGGGUUAUGUUAAAGUUGCUCAGGAGGCUUUUCUGGAGGCAAUUUUAAAAACCAAUUGUGCUAGUGGUCUUCUUUGGGAACUAGAAUUAUCUAAAUCUCACCUUUAUGUGGAAACUUGUUAUGAUACAAUGGCUGCGCUGAUUCGUUUGGCUGCUCAACUUCAGCUAUUAUUUGCCCCUGAUGUGGAGGAGUCCAUUGUGCAUUUGCAGAAUAGGUGGGAUAAUGUUCAACAAGCACAGCAAAGCAAUGAAUUUAGUAAUGAAAUUAAGCAUCUCAGAUGUGACACAAUGGCUUCAACUUCUGAGCAGUGCUCCCCUAAAACACAUUCAAAGGAUGGAUCUAGUAUAGCUGGCUUGAUGGAUGAAAUAUGUGAAGAUGCAUUUCAAGUGAAUGACAAUAAUGCAUGGCAAUCAUAUUCUUUUGAAUCAGGAUUUUACAUGCCACUUGAAGGAAGCUUAAUUGAGGCUGGUAAGAUGAAUUUGGAUGAGCCUGAAGUUCUCUCUCCUGAAUUAAUGUUGAAUGAGUCAGUGCCUGUAAUAGGACCAGAGGGUAGUCAAACUUCAUUUCUGCAUGACGGAUGCUUUCCAGAGAUUAUAGAAAGCUAUUGUUUGUCUGACUUACGCCCUCUCUCGGAGCUAUCUAUAGAUUUACAUUCUGAUGAGCUUUCCAAAAUAAAGCUGAGGAAUGUGUCACAUAGAGAUAUUGAAAGAGGAAGUGGUGGAUGGUAUAGAGGCAACUCAUCAAAAGUAUUAGAAAACCACAUUUCAGAGGAAAAUGGAAAAACUGGUCCGAUGAAGGCCGCAGAUCAUGGCACACUUAAUUCUAAUGAUUCCUCAUCUCACAGCAAGACUUGUGGACGCUUAAUUUUAAAGAAAAUUGAUAUAAGAUGGAAAAUGUUUGGUGGGUCUGACUUUGUUGAUUCAGAUAAAAAUGGACAACAUUCUGGGAGGAACACAUCUAUUUGCUUGGAAUUUGCAUUGUCUGGGAUGAAAUUUCAGUAUGAUACAUUUCCAGUUGGUGGACUACAUGUAUCAAAGAUGUAUUUGUCUGUUCAAGAUUUUUAUCUCUAUGACAGAAGCCAAAAUGCACCUUGGAUACUGGUGCUGGGAUAUUAUCACUCAAAGGGUCAUCCGAGGGAAUCUUCUUCAAAAGCAUUGAAGUUGGACUUGGAGGCAGUUAGACCAGAUCCUUUAACUCCCCUUGAGGAGUACAGGUUAAAUGUUGCUUUUCUACCUAUGCUAUUACAUCUACAUCAGUGCCAGCUUGAUUUUCUUGUUGAUUUCUUUGGGAAGAAAAACUCAUCAAAUGACCAGUCUCCUAAUUAUUGUCAUGAUUUGGAGGGUUCAAAAUCAUUUCCUGAGAGGAGUGAAGAUCAUGCAUGCCAUUCAAUUGCACAAGAGGCAUUGCUUCCUUACUUCCAGAAGCUAGAUAUUCGGUCUAUUAUUGUUCGGGUGGAUUACAGUCCUAGUCGUGUAGAUCUAGCAGCAUUAAGCCGUGGGAAAUAUGUAGAACUUGUAAAUCUUAUCCCUUGGAAGGGUGUUGAGCUUAACCUGAAACAUGUUCAUGCUUCUGGCAUCUAUGGUUGGGGCAGUGUUUGUGAAACAGCUUUAGGGGAGUGGUUGGAAGAUAUAUCUCAGAAUCAGAUUCAUAAAAUACUACGGGGGCUUCCUACUGUACGAUCAUUAAUUGCUGUUGGGACUGGUGCUGCUAAACUGAUUUCAUCGCCUGUAGAGAACUACAAGAAGGAGCGGAGAGUGAUCAAAGGUUUGCAAAGAGGUACAAUUGCAUUUCUUAGAAGCAUUUCUCUUGAAGCUGUUGCACUUGGAGUUCAUCUAGCUGCUGGUGCCCACGACUUUCUUCUCCAAGCAGAAUAUAGUCUUUCAAGCGUACCUUCUUCAGUUUCUUCACCUGUAAAAGAUAAAUCAAACACAGGCGCUCGAUCUAAUCAACCUAAGGAUGCCCAACAAGGAAUUCAACAGGCUUGUGAGAGUCUCAGCGAUGGCCUAGGAAAAUCUGCUGCGGUGUUAGUUCAGAACCCCUUGAAAAAGUACCAGCGUGGCUCAGGUGCAGGACCUGCCUUGGCUGCUGCUGUUCGAGCAGUUCCUGCAGCUGCCAUAGCUCCUGCUUCGGCUUGUGCAAGUGCUGUACACUAUGCUCUUCUUGGAUUUAGAAAUAGCCUUGAUCCUGAACGCAAAAAGGAGUCUAUGGAGAAAUAUUGUCCUACACAACCCUGGGAAGAAGACUGAUCAAUGGUGCAAUUAGUGACAUCUUACCUUGACUUUGUACUAUUAUGAUGUGAGGAUUGAGUAGUAUACACUUUUACUUCAUUGACCAAGGAGAUCCGGAGGAGCUUUUUUUAGUCUUCCGGGAAGUCUCCGCACACGAAAAAUGCACUUUAUCAAUUGAAGUCAAGCAGAUGAGAAGAAAACUUUGGUUGGUUAAUUUUGAAUGGCAUUGCUAGAUGGUACAAUCACUGUUAACAAGCUAAUGUUUCAUUUGGACCAUACUCACUCUGCACUUUCCAUUUCUGAACAUGUGCAUCGGCUGUAGAUGUACAGAUUGAACCAGUUGGUUGAUUCUUUUCCAUCAGAGUAAUUGUAUAUACUGUAAAUAUGGUUGGUGUUUUUGAUCCUUAUUCAUUUAAAAGGGUGUCACUGUAGAUAUGAUGACCCAUUGGUUUAGUUAGAUGUACAUAAUAAGAUAAUAUCAUUCUUUGAAAGGCUUGAUAUUUGUGUAUAUUGCCUUCAUUUUUUUUGUUGUAAAUAUUGUGGUGUUUUUUACUGGAUAAUAGUGUGCAAUCAUUUAAAUUUA